GAGCUUGAGAACUAACGCUGCCUCGCCUGUGCAAUAUGAACAGCGUCUGUCAUAUCUGUGUACAAUUCCAGGGAUCGUCGUCUUCGGAGAAGUCUGAUAUAGAGUUGGUGAGUGAAAGAUAGAAAUAAAUCGAGGGCGUGAUCAGUCGCAUACCCUCAUGAAACGGUCUUCGGGCCUGGUACACUGCCAUCCUCAAAUCCAAAGGCAGGAAAGUGUGCUUCACAUUCCGAAUCUAUGAAAUUAUAUAUCGAUCGGUAUAUGCUUUUGAACGCUGGCAUUGCAAUGUGUUGCGGAACCGUGGCUUGAAGAAGUCGCUCCCUUCUCACAGAUCGGAUCCUGUUUGCAUUACGACGAUAUCUGUCGUACCACUGAUGAUUCUUUAAUGACGCCUCCUUCAUCAGGGUCUUGAGGGUCCCUACAAGGUUUCCGACGUCCAUGCCUUGCCAUUGAUGUACUUAUGCCAAGGAAAGCAUAGAGGAAGGAACUCAAUUUCACGAUGAAGACCCAAGUUGUUUUACGUGUUCGACGUCUAUGUGGGGUCGAUAUGCGUCAUUGGGGUGCCGUAAACUUUGAAUUUGACCCCAGCACCCUCCACAUGCCCUUUGACUUCUGCUCGUCAUUGAAUUUUUGUACCUGCUGGCCUGAACCACGAACAACGUUAGAGAAUCCAAAUACGUUCAUGCUCACUGUGUUUUGAUCGUAUCGGCGAUCACGAUUACUUACGGAAAGUUGACUCGACCGAAGCAGAUUUUAACGUAGGUAGUACAGACCACACAAAUCCGGUGCUUUCCAAAUACAAUAUGUGAACUACUUUCUGUACAGGCCCCGGAUGAUCACCAAAUAAUUACACACCGGCGUCACCAAACAGACUAAAAUGGGAUCGUAGAGCCUCGUGGCGUGUUGUAGCUUUCAUGCUUUACUUAUAACUACACUCUCAUACUUUUCAUCACUGAUCCUAGGACCACGUAGGCAUGGACGGCCCACCCCCGCUCGUCGAUCGACCUGAUGACUAUGACCACGGUUAUCCAGCAGGUUUUGGAGGAAUCUCACAUCAAUGGUCUCGACCAUCUGACGGAUGGCCUCCUACGCAGCCCAUAGGUUCACCAUGGGGGUCUCAAGCACCUUCAGAGAUUACUGCAGGCCCUUCGUAUUUCAAUCCUAACACAACCGCAGCAAUGCAACAACAAUGGCCACCAGUUGGUGCGGCUGGCUUCGCGCCAUCUACCCAGCCACAAUUUUCCGCCUUUCCUCCACCGCCUCCAGCACCUGCGAUGGCGAGCUGGGGUGCACCAAUGGGCAUGACGCCUAUGAUGUUAGGUCCACAGCCAGUACAAAGUACGCGCGAGGACGAUUGGGUCGAUGUAUCGAAUGACAGACCGAAUUGGGAGCAGGCAUGGCCCCAAGGAGGGUUUCCUACACAGUCGGGGCGACUUGCGCCACGUCCGUUGUCCCGAGCGACAUCGCAAGCGUCGCGAAUGUCGGGACGUCAACGCUCGGCCUCGCAUUCUUCGAAUACGAGUCCGAGGUCCAGUAAUAGCGCUAUGUUAGCGCGUCAUGAGAGAGCGUUUGAGGAUGAGAAGCGACCACCGAGAGAAUGGCGUGCCGAUUUCUCGAUGACGAGGCCUUCGGUUCUCGCCUCUGCCUUGGGUGCGAUGUUGUCACCUGCUCGUCAAGGCUCAAUCAGGAGAAGGAAUUCAGAUUCUUCUAGACACCCCAAAAUCGAAUUGCAUCCUUAUAUUCGAUACAACAAUGCUUCUCCUCCCAUGACUCUUGAUCUUCGUGAUAAUCCGGCUGAGAUCACUUUUCGUGCUCUUAACCGACGGAUAAACGCCUGGGACCUCACUCGCUUCGCAUGCGAACCUCCCGUCCGCCGAAUCGAACUCUGGAAUCCAUACUAUCCUUGGCUGAUCGAGGUCGAAUCUCAGAAUCCUGCUGGUGUGACUUUGCACGAAUUGCUGGGUGCAAUCUGGACAUCGAUGAUGACACCGAUAUCUACCGCGGACUAUUACAAUAACGAGAUGAAUGAGAAUAUCAGGUCUAAAGUCGCGAUGGCGUUUAAUAUCCGCGUGGAAGAGAAUGAGAAGGAAAGAGGGUUAGGCGUGCGUAGGGUCGAUUUCCUGAUGGAUCGCAUCUGGCUAGAAGGGUUUGUCAAAGGGAGGGAUAGUCGACAAUGGGAGAUGAAGAUUAAGAAAGUCUAACGGGUAUGGAUCACAUUGACUCGUGUGUAUUGUUUAAAGAAUGGCGUGCCUUCAUGUUUUAGUAGAUCGCUUCUCUCUUGUUGUAUUUCUUGCCCCUCAUUCAUGGUCGUUAUUUAUCAUGUGCUUUUAUGUAUCUACAACUAAAUACCCUGUUGCAUCAUACAUGUACUCAUUAUAACUUGCACAUACAAAUAGAUUCUCAUACGCAACUGCC